UACUUGUAUUAGUUUGUGGUUGACGAAGGCAUAUCGAAAUAAUAAACAAUUAUGCGGAGUUUAUUAACAAUCAGUUUUUGCAGCUAUGAUUAAAAGCGUGUGUAUGUGUGAGUGUGCGCGCGCGUAAUUAUGCAAAGCACAGCUGCCAAAGACGCUCCAAACGGCGGUGAAAGUGUUAUUGUUGUUGCUGUUGCAGCGAUAUUGGCUUUGUUCGCUAGCAGCAGCCACUGUGGUUCAAUUUGUUGUGGCAUUUGCUUUAGCAGCAACGAUCAAUUUUCCCUAAUAAAGACAACCAAGAGAAAUACAGGAGAGAAGAGCAAAAGAAAAGUUAGGCAGACAAGUGAAUAACAAUAAAAUCAAACAAUUGGCUUUUUUCUUUUAAUUAUUUUUUGGUUUUCCGCUUUGUAUGCCAAUAAACUUGCAGUGCUGCUUGCGUUUACAGUUACAUUCAUACAUAGAGAGAUAUGUAUAUGCUGUAAGCUAUAAUAAGUUCAAGGAAAGCAGAAAGCAAAAUGCGAGAAACAGAAUAUGCAAUGGAGUAAAAUAAAUUGACGCCUUCUGCUUGGGCCUCGCCUUGCCUCUGUCCACUUCAUAUUAUGUAAAAGGUGCUCUGUUGACUCUGGUGCACCUGUUUUUAGUGUGCGUGCAAUAAAUAUUAAUUCAAUUCCUGCUGCAUGUAAUAAUAAUGUUUAAAACGGAGCCAAAUAAUCGAUGUGCGAAAACUUACCGUUGUCGGCUAUAAGCUGGCGCGGGGGCAGCAACAGCAGCAUUUGCAGCAACAAAGCACAGCUGAGCGUCGGCGUUGCUUUAUGUAUGCGUGUGCGUUUGUGUGCAAUUGAAAAAGGAAGGAGUGGAGAAGGCAAAUAACAACAGUCUCAAUCGGAAACAGGAGCAGCAACGGAUCUGUGAAGCGAAUCGAAUCGAAUUGAAUUGAACCGUUGCAAAUCAAUAUUUAUUAUGCGAAAGCCCAACUGAACUGCAAUAAUGUCUAAGUGAAGCGACAAAACUAAUUGGCAACAACAAUAUAAUCGGAAAGCUGUGGGGCAACCUUGCAAGUUCUUUGCCCUUCUAUUUAUUCGUUUGUUAAACGCAACAAAGCAAAAAUAAUGGAAUUUUAACAAAGUUACGAAAGUGUACUUCUGGUGCAGGUGCGAGAGGACGACAACCACAUCUAAAAGGGGAAGAGAAUCAGUAGGCGCAGCAGAAGUAUACAAGCGAGAAGAGGAGAAUUCUGUUGAGAGUGGAGGAGGAGAAGGAGCAGCAGCACUACCAGCACCACCACAUGAUACCCACAAGCGUUACCAACUCACCGCCAGCCGCUGGCCUGGCACAGAAUGGAGCCGGGGGAACAGCAGCUGCUGCUGUCGGCGGAGCUGCUGCUGCUGCUGCAGCAGCGGUAGCAGCAGCAUCGUCGGCGGCAGCGCAACAAAGCAACUACAAUUCAAUUGUGCUGGGCCUGGCCUCGCUUAUACUGGAGGGCAGGCCCAUAUCUGACGAUGAGUACCAGCAACAACAACAACAACAACAACAGCAACAGCAACAACAGCCACAGCCACAGCAACAUCAACAGUUGACGCCAGCGUCGAGCAGUGGUCGCCAUUCACCACGCCCCUCCACAUCAAGGGCAGCCAUUAACAUAACAACGAAUCCUUAUACAAUGGCCAGCGGAACGCCACGCUCCGCUUAUGGUCAGGCGCAGGGAUAUGGACAUGUAUAUGGAUACGGAUACAACUGUGACUAUGGACAGAGCAGCAGCAGCAGCAGCAGCGGCGGCAGCAACGGCAGCAACAGCUCGAGCGUCAGCAGUGCCACCCAUCAACGCUGGACCCAAAAGCUCUGCCAGCUGCGUCAGGUGUCGCCGGCGGCUCAGAGCAUGAGCGCAGAACCGGAGCUGGUGGCGCUGUCCAUUAAUGACCUCAACGCGGAUCGUGGCGACUUCGAGAUUGUGCGUCGCGUCAUGUUGAAUCGAGUUGGCGCAGCUGCUGUUGGAGUAGGCGUAGGCGCUGGAGCAGGAGUUGGUGAGCAUCUGGCCAACAACAGCUCGAGUGCUGGCAGCUCGCCAGGCUCGGGCUCUGGCUCUGACAACAUAUUACACUCGCUGCAAUCGCUGGCAACCACCUGUCUGCGAGGCGGACCCGCUGUGACCACCGAGACGCGCCCCUUAAGCCUGGGUCUGGGCCUGGGCUUUGGCUCGCCAGCAACAACAGCAACAGUCAGCGCGGCCAGCCUGCUGGACUACAACUGCAGCAGGCCGACAUCUGUCGGUGGAUCUGCAGGAGGAGGCGGAGGAGGAGGAUUAGGAGUAGGAGGAGGAGUAGGAGUAGGAGUAGUAGGUGCAGCAGCCACAUCAACAGCCACUGCCAGCAACAAUGCAGUUGGAAACGGAACCAGUUCAAAUUCCAGUUCCAGUUCCAGCUGCACCACACGGCCCAAACAUGGGCCACACUGUGAUCAGUUCCUCAGAAAGAUGGGCCUCGCCAAGGGCGAGUCUGUCGCUGAUACCGAGGAACACAUCUGUGAUAUGUCUUACGUUAAUAUAACCUGUUCCCGCUGGCGUGCCCACUGUAUGAAAAUGGAGGCCAUCCUAGCACGCCGCGAGCCCGUCUGCAUCGAGGUUUACUUGGGCCCUGCCGGCCAUAAGAUUCUGCUGGAGCAAUGGAUCAUUAGCGGCAAGGAGAAAGUGCCGCCGCCGACGAUGACGCUGCCGUCGCUGUGCAGCGCGAUUCGAAGCCAGCUUUACUUUUCACAGAUCGUGGCCUGGUGCGAUCUGUUGCGCAAAUGCGAUCCCUCGGUCUAUGACAGCGGGCGCGUCAUCUUUGCGAGCGGCAACAGCAGCAAUGCUGGUGAUCUGGCCGGGCACAGUGGCUCGACGAGUGGUGCGGCGGCAGCAGCAGCAGCAGCAGCUCGAAUGCGACGGCCGCGCCUCAACAUCUUCUACAGAAUCCGGCCACACGAUCUUAGCUGCAGCAAUGCCAAUGGCAAUCACAACGAUGGCGGCUUCAGUGCCAAGGCGAAUGUGCACAACUUUCCGCACGUCAACAUUGCCGAGAACUUUAGCGUUGCGGUCUGCGUGAAGAGUUUGCCGCGCUUCAAUGGCGGCCUGCCGCACGUUUCGCCAUCGGUGUCCAAGCCGCGUGUAGUGCGACCUGUGCCGGCGGCAAGUACACCCACUGGCGGCGGAGGCAUGUGCGCGGCCACGCCCACGGGGCUGGGUGCAAGGAUUGCCAUUAGCACAACGCCGCCGGCAAGCAGCUGUGAUAAAUAUGGAGGCAGGCAGCAGGAGGCAGGCGACACGGAUGACUUGGACGGGCAUCGGGAGAAGCAGCUGCAAAAGUACCGCAAGCGAAUGCAACGACGCGACAAGAAACGUGAACGCAAGCCCUCGGAGCAGUUGGAGUCCAUGGAGCCCAUGGACGAAGGCAACGAGGAAACGCAAACGCAAGCAAUGGCGCUCACAGUGCUCACAGCGCCGCGUCGCAUUGCAAUGAUCUCGACGGGCACGCAAACCUCGCUGAGCAGCUGCCAGCAGUGCGGCAGCGAGAAGACGCUACUCUGCCUCAACUGCGAACCAGGCGGCAGUGGGCACGGUAACGAAGCUGCCGAGGAUGAUGAUGAUGAUGCAGACGAUACAAGUGCCUCUGAAAUGGAGGACACAUCCAGCUGCAGCCUGAGCAGCUCCGAUCUCAUUGUCGGCACGCCGCGCAGCAAGGCCGAGCUGCUGCUGCAGGCCAUACAGCGCACGCCAAAGAACCGAAAGCCAAUGCCAAAAGCAACAGCAGCAGCAAGAGCUGGAGCAGGAGCAGCGUGUAACGAUCUCAAAGUUGGAUUAGUUCAGGGUCAGAGUCGCAACAAUCAGAACAACAAUCAGCUGAAGCCGGCGCCAAGCAGCGGCUGUCAGGUGUGCAAGCGCCAAAAGACGCAGCACAACUUUGCCAAUGGCAAAGGCGGAGGUCCACAGCAAACGGAGCUGCAUUCGAAUGGAACGAACGGGCACAGCAAAGGCGGCAGCGGCGUGGACAACGACGAGGACAACAGCAUGGAGCAGGAGCUGGCAGUGUGCGGCUCGACGAAGCUGACGCCCAACAUCGAUCGCUGCACAUUGAACGCUGGACAGGAACGCUGUCAGACGCCAACAGAUGUGGAUGAGCGCAUUGUGGUGCAGUUCAAGACGCCCAUCAGUCAUGUGCCGCUCAAGCUGCAGGAGUUUCAGACCCAGCAGCAGCAGCAGCAGCAGCUGGCGAAUCUGCCAGCCAAGGCAACGAAUCAGCUGCGUCUUAACUGCAAUGGUACCAUGCUGGACAGGGAGACGCCGCCGCCGCUGCUGUCGCCGCUGCUGCGCAAGGCAGUGCCCAAGGUUAACCUGACAACGAUCUUCUGCAGCAACAGCAACAGCAGCUGCUCGGCGCCCAUUACGAUUGACAGCGGCGUGGCCUUUUGCUUUGAAUCGCCAGCACUGAGCUAUGCCCAAUCGCAGUCGCAGUCUCAGUCGCAGUCGCUAUUGACGCCACCGGAAGCAGCUGCUGCCAAUUUGCCCGUGCAGAAAUCGUACUCGGCGCCAACGUUGCCCAACGCGCUGUCUGUGUCGCCGCGCUUUGCCAAGCAGGCGGCAUUCUAUAAGCGACGCUCACGACAUCUGAGCGAUCGCUCGGAUCGCAGCUCGCUGGGCUCCGAUGAGCAGCUGUCGGACGAGGAUCUCGAGUCGGGCAUGUGCAGUCCGGCGGGCUCGCCACUGAAGUCACGUGCGCGUCUAGCCACCCAGUUUGGGGGGCGACCGUUGCUGGGCAAUUUGGAGGAGUCGCUGCUGCAAAAGCGGCUGCUGCCCAAGAUCGAGGUCGCAGGCUUUCGCCUACAGCUGGGCGCUUCGGGCGGCUUUUGUCCCACACAGCUAACCAUUCCGGCAUCCUCCUACUUCUAUGAGCUGCACGGCGAGACGCUCAGCACGCCCUACCUGUGCGAGAUUCGAUUGCCACGCAAAGGCUACUUUGUGCCGCGAUCGGGCACUGUGCAGGCCACGCUGCUGAAUCCCAUGGGCACAGUGGUGCGUAUGUUUGUCAUUCCGUACGACAUGCGCGAUAUGCCGCCGUUGCAUCGCACGUUCAUACGCCAGCGCAUCUUGGCCGAUGAGCUACCAGGCACGAGUCCCUGCGUCGGGAGCAUCGUUCUGCAGAACCAACAGCCAAAAGCUCGUGAACGGGAGCCGGGCAGCCCAACAGCGACGAGCACCACCAGCAAAUUGGGCCACUUCAUAAGCGCUGAGCAGAUGAAGCGACUGCGCUACUCCAUCCACCUGAGAUUCCAGACAUCUCGAUCGGGUCGUCUGUCGCUACACACGGACAUUCGAUUGUUGAUCUCGAGGCGAACGGAUUGCGAUACGGCGGCGGCACAUGCCAAGGGCCUAGUGGAGGCGCCCAAUGAGCUGGUGACGGACACGCUGAUGCCGCAGGAGCCGCGAUACAGUGCGCGACAGGAGAGUCCCGGCAAGAUUUAGUAGUUGCUGAAUGUCCUGGGCGUGGCAUGUGUCAACAGCAACUGUUGCGCCGGCGGCGACAUAAUGCGACGUCUGUGGAAGCAGCUGCAGGUGCGCUGGCAACUCUGGCAGCAAUGUCCCAAAUAUCAACUAUAGGCAACCUUAACAGCGGAAAUCGAGACAAAUUUCCGAUUACACACUGCUUCAUUAGUUAUUCUAACGACUCCUACCUGCCCAGCCCUAUGAACCGUCUGUUUAAGUCACUUUAAGGCCUCUAGUUUAAAUUUCAAAGAGAACAUUUCGAUGUACAGCAAAACACAACUCUUUCUAUCUCUAACUCUAUCUCUGUUUGUGAAGGGGCCAACAACAACAACAAAGAAAAACAAAAAACAAAAAAGAAAUAUCUCAAUUUACACUGAAUCCUUGGAGGUCCACAUUAAUAAGGGCAGCUAACUCUCGUCCCGGACUAUGAUCCGGGCAGGAGCAGCUGCAGAAGCUGCUCCGCAUAGCAAUACUAAGAAGUAGUUACAACAAAUCAUAUGCAAUACGAAUAUAGAAAUGAGUGCGAAUGAAUGAAAAGUGAGUGUGAGUGAAUGAACUUAUCAAAGAGGGCAACGACAAUAGGGUAUCUAUCAGUUGCCCUUACCAAAUGUAUGCCAUGGAUGCAGGCAACUUCUAUCUAUUUUGUUUACCUGUAAACCAGAUCUGGCUAACACGAGAAAUGCGUUGAAGCAGAGUUAAAUCUAGAAUACCAUAAAUAUCUCAGCUUAAGUUAUGGCCUUAUCAAAUUUAUCGUCUAUUCAAAUUCUUAUCACACUUUGAAGAUUUUUAGAGUUAGUGUAAAUCGAAAAUGUUUUCACACUGAUUUCGCAACUCGCUUAGAGUUGCAACUUGACUAAAUUUCUUGAUAUGUGUGUAGAGUGUGUAGAGUAGAGCAUCUAUAGAAGUGUGAAAUUUGGAGACUUGUGCUUGUAUGAGUGUGUGAGUGAGUGUGUGUGUGCGAGUCCAGCUCAUAUCGAUCGUUGUUGUUAGCGUAGCGUGCGAUCUGCAAGCCUGGAUUCAGUCUAUUGUUCAGAUCAAAUUGAAAUUGAGUUCUUUGCGAAUUUCUCGAUUGUUUAAAUUUCUUAAAUUUCUUAUUCAUUUUCUUUUGUAUUCAGUGAGUUUUUUGAAAGCGUGCCUGUGAUACGAUAUGAGCUG